AAAAGCGAACGGCUGCUACCAACCUUGUGAAGCGAAUUUGCAACUUGCUGUAUUCCUCAGUUAGUACUUGGCUGUAAAUAUUGGCUGUAAAUAUACUUGACAAGUUCCGAUCCUUUCCUUAGAACCAAUUGCAACGUUGUUACGUACUGUAAUUUUUUAUCUAUUGAGAUGAUACAAUAACCGUUUGUGCAAAAUCACUUUGACAGAAGAUGGAAGUCGAUGACCAACUUCUGCGUUCAGACCAAUGUGUUCUGGUUCAAACACUUGAAUCAGAGCACACAAAGCUGCAAGCACAAUGCUACGAGCAGGAAGCCUUGAUUGAAGCUCAGAGCCACGAACUAAACGUCCUUAGAGAGGAAUUAGCAAAGGCACGUCUGAGCCAGAAGGUGUCUAUGAGCACUGGGGUAGAGCAGGAGGAAAGUCUGCUAGAAGAGAAGGAAACAAAGGAAGCCUCCCUGACAUCGAAACUACAAAGCCUCGAAUACAAACUACGGCAGUCUCACCAGGAAGAGUUCCGGCUCAAGGACGAAAAAGAACGCCAAGCCUUGGAGCUGGAGGAGCUCGUUCGUCUUCGGAGCGCCUUAGAGCUGGAAAGGAGGAACCUUCGGUCAGACUUAAGAGAAGCCAAGCAAAGGGAGCAGAGACUCCUGGUUGAAAUUAAUGACCUGGAGGAGCAGAAUGUCUCCCUGCAGAAGGAUGUGGCAUCCUUGCAGGGUUCCCAGGUCGAAUUUGAGGGAGCAAAGCACGAGGUCUGCCAACUCUCCGAAGAGGUAUCCUACUUGAAGAGCCAGCUGUACGAUGCUGAGGCGCUCAGAGAAAUUACGGAAAAAAAGCUCGAAGAAGCCCUCGAAGCGUUUCAGUCGGAAAGGGAGCAGAAGUAUGCCCUCCGCAAAGAACUCGAUCAGCGGCUGACUUCAGAGUCUCCUGUACUACAUCUGAGUGGGCUGUCUUUUACAGCGUUCCACCUCGACCAGUCCCACUCUGAAGACGGACACCACAUUGACGAGGACUAUUCCGAGUCAGACGUUCCUGAGUUGCAGCAACUGGAAGCUGACAUCAUCAACCAGCCAUCGGAGAGACGUGGUGAUGUUCCAGCGACCUGUCGACCAGCGACUGUGAACGACCUCCUCAGCGAGCUCCAUGUGACUGAAAUAAGGAAGCUCGAGAAGCAGCUUGAGCAGCUGGAAACAGAGAAAGGUCAGGUGGAAUCGAAACUGGAAGAUGCCUUACGUCAGCUGGAUGAAGCGAACGGUGCGUCAGAAGGACGGAUGCCUAACCUUGCCCGCCUUCGACGGCAGGUCAAUGCCCUCGCAAAUCUUCACAAGGAGGAUUACGGAAGUGGGGACACGGGAGACCUGCAGAAGCUGAAGGAGUCGCUGUUACGGCACGAAGACCGCCAUCUCAAGGCUCUGAGGCUCGUCGAAGAACUGCAGAACGACUUAAACAAAGCUCAGGAUACUGAGGAUGCUGAGGAACAGGUAGACCGGCUGCGUGACCAAGUCGCCAACCUCAUCAACAAGAUAAAGACCUAUGAGGAGGAAAUUGCGGACCUGAAGGAAGACCUCGUGUUGGUGGGAACAUUCACCGAGGACUGCCAGAAGCGCAUGGGUUCCGCGCAGGAGGAGCUGCUGGCUGCAUCGGAUGAACUGGCCCAACUGUACCACCACGUGUGUACAGUGAACGGAGAAACACCGAGUCGCGUAGUUCUGGACCAUGCUGCAGGAACUAACGGCUCGAUGGACAGUGCCAUUCCAAAUGUCCCAGCUCCCGACAACAAGCCAGCCACGAUCAACUCUUCCGCCCUAGACACGCUCCGGGAACGACUACGCACGGAUCACUUCCGCGCAGUUUUCCUACGUGGGAACACCUCCAUCGACCCCGCACAGUGCGCCACUCUCGGGGAGACUCUCCGCGACCAAGUCCGUCACCUUCGAUCUGCCGUCGAAACUACGCUGGGUCGCUCUAGAACUCCAGGCGACGGUACGGGUGAAGAAGACCCGCAAGAGCAAGUUAUCAAGCUGAAAUCUUUGUUAUCGACGAAGCGCGAGCAGAUAGCGACGCUGCGUGCCGUGCUCAAAGCGAACAAGCGUACCGCCGAGAUCGCGCUUGCGAACUUGAAGUCAAAGUACGAAACUGAAAAGUCCGUCGUGAGCGACACCAUGGUCAAGCUCAGACACGAGCUGAAGUUGCUCAAAGAAGACGCAGCGACCUUUGCAUCUCUACGCGCCAUGUUUGCUGCACGGUGCGAAGAGUAUGUAGCCAGGCUGGACGAGCAGCAGAGACAGCUCACGGCUGCAGAAGAUGAGCGGAAGACACUGAACUCUCUCCUGCGUAUGGCCAUCCAGCAGAAGCUGGCCCUGACCCAGCGAUUGGAAGACCUGGAGAUGGACCGGGAGAGGUCCCACCUGAGAAGGGGGCCACGGAGGGGUCCCACGGGACAGGGUGGGGGAUCCCAGCGGGGGAGCCCGCACCACACAGCGUUAGGUUUUUUUGGACAUUAGCUACAUUAACGUUAGUUCUGGUUCAGCAGAGGCGGUUUUUCGAAUAUAUAUACUGCGUGAUUUGUUUUCUAGGCAGCUACAUAUAAAUGGUUAUGAGGACUGAUUCUUUAUGCCUUUAUUUAUGCCACGAAUCAGGAUAAUGCAAACUUGUCUGUUUACAAAUGGAAAGAGUUGCAACAAAGUUGUCAACAGUGAGUCCCGAUUUUUUUUCUUUUCUAGAAUAUAACUUGGCAUAAUGUUCAGUUUUAGUAUGUAUGUAUUUAUAUAUAGUUUUAAAUAUGUUUGAUCGGUGCUUGUUCUUUACUUGUCUCGAGUUUAACUGCUUGUUUUUUUACCUGCCUUACUUCCGCAUACUGUAAAACCCUUCAAUUUUGCGGCCAAAAUCACUCGCGAAUCGGAGCAGAGCGCAUAUCCAGCGCCACAAAGGUGGUAAAUUCUGGAUGCUAAAAUUUGUGGCUUGACUGGUGAUAAGCCAGUUUUGAAACGACCUGUACAGCUAUUUGAUUAAAGUAGCAUUGCAUACUGUUGUCUGCAAAGUAGUCCAAAUGCUGAUUAAUAACCGUUAUACAACCAACUGUGAAAAUGAAUUUCUCGAUUCCAGCACAGUUUUCAAAGCAUCAAUACUUGCUGGAAAUUUCCGAGUGCCUUUAAAGGUAGUGAAAAGGGGGAAGGGAGGGGGCACAAAUACUAAGGGUUUUACAGUAUUGUUAAGCAUAGUGGAUGCACGAAUAUGCUUUAAAACAGCUACUUAUGUUGCUGUUCCCUAUAGUAGUACUGUCUGACUAACCUAUUUAUUACUCGCAAGUGUCUCUCUGAGCAUGAGUUCUCAAGUGUGUAGGAGUUAGCCGACAAGCACUAUACACGUGCAGAGUUCCCCAUUUCGGCAGAGAUGGACUAGACAUUCCUUUUCUCUCCAGCGACGGACCCCCGCCCCACUUUUAUGAAACUGAACAAUUUUGCUGAAACAUUUCAACUGGCGUGCGUAGUGUGUCGGAGAAUACCAGGCGUGAUACUGUGGCGACGCUGGUGUACUGCCAGUACCGUCCAACGUUGGCUAUCUAGCUGAGUGACAAACAGCCGAAACUGCAGACAAAGGUGGCCAAAGUGUCGACUUUUUUGCGACCGCACCCGUGCAAUUUUUUAUCUGUCCUACUUUUUUGUGACAUAAUAGCGCUAGGAGCUCAAAUGCACAUUCCUACGUUAAUUUUGCCUGGUUGUCCCGAUUGUGCAUCGCACACUAACUGCGUUGAAUUUAUGCGCAGAUUAUGUAAGCGACACAAUGCUGACUGGCUUGUGAAGGUGACUUAUGUCGCAGCUGCACGUGACACUAUAUUUUGCAGCCUCAGAAUAUCGUGGAGUGCCAAUUUUCGGGAGAUUUUCGCCGCAGCCGCAGAGUUGCUUUGGCUCGUCAGUGAUGCAUUGUUUACGGAUUUGUUUACAUUUGACACGAAUUUACGUGCGUACUUAAUGCUGUCUCUUAUUUCCACGCCUGUCAGGAGCUUGCAGUUUGCACCGUUAUUUAUCUGUUACCGUUUCCGAUAGACGGGUGAAGGCUUAGUUGUAACAAAUUUUGAAAUAUGCCAAAGCCUCGAAGGUAUCGAUUGCACGUGACCGUGUGGCCAUCUUACGAAUCCUUCUGGUGCUGGUUUUUUAUUUUGUGUAUUACGGUUGAACAGUGUUGUUGACCAAAAUGCUAUAUUAGCACACAGCAUUAGCUGUCUCGCGACGUAAGACCACGAAUUACCAUGUAUUAACUGAAUCGUGCUGGCGUCGUUGUAGACGCAGGAAAAAAAAGAAGAAAUGUACGAAUAAUUACGUGUGGAAGUCCCAUGUCUUAUAAUAAAAAUUGUGACUUUCUAAACGGUGGCGUAUGUAUUACAUGUAGCAGAGAUACAGACCUUCGAGUAUGUCUGUAAACAGACACAACCGUCUGAGUAACGUACUAUUGAAAAGUUGUCAUCGUAACGGUGAUUGCUAUAAACGAGCUGGACCGUAUUUGUUUUUUGCUUGCAGCCGCCAUUAGCAAAGUGAGUGCUUGUGAGUGUUGGAAGUGCCUAAAUAUUUAAACUGUGCCUUUCCUUUUUCUUUUGGUUAGUUGUCAUCCCCAAAGUUGAGAAACAAUUAUUCGCAAUAUUCACUCGGUGUUGCUUGGAUCUCUUGGCGGGCCAUUUUUAAAUGCGCAUGGAAAGAGAGAACUAAUGCAGUUUCCUGUAACGAAGGUUCUCCCAGUACUUGUAUGUAUUUGUACCAAAUAAAAGCUAAGGUGCUUGUUGUGACAGAA